AGUAAAACAGCGUUAGCUUCUGCUUUGGAGCAGCUGAGGGGCUCAGAGAGCAGAAUGGGUCCACCCGGGGGUUGCUGACAGAGCUGAGGUUUAUGGAAGAUCUAGAGGCACUGAUCCUUGAUCACGACUACAGAAGGGUAAACGGCAAUAACUGCCGAUAAAAUAAGAAAGCGGGACCCACAAAGUAAGGUUUGGAAGAAGCCCCGCCAAUACGAAUUGCUCUUCGCUCUCCUGACUCUCCUCCAGCCCAGGCUGCUUGCCAUGUCCACUAGCAGUUGCAGCUUUGCAGACAGAUGCGUGUCCACGCUGUGCUGCAGGUUCUGUCAACAGGUGCUGAGUUCACGGGGUAUGAAGGCUGUGCUCCUGGCGGACACAGAGACAGAUCUCUACUCCACAGACAUCCCGCCCACCAGUACUGUUGACUUCAUUGGAAACUGCUAUUUCACAGAAAUUUGCGAAUGUAAACUGAAGAAUAUUGCCUGCUUGAAAUGUGGUAAUGUCGUAGGCUACCAUGUGAUUGCUCCAUGCAAACCUUGCCUGCUCUCCUGCAACAACGGGCACUUCUGGAUGUUUCACAACCAGGCCGUUUUUGGAAUUGACAGGUUCGACUCCUCUGGUACAAACUUUCUGCUUUGGGGAAACCUGCCAGACUCAGAGGACAGUACAGAUGAAGAUAUAUUGGGCAUCUCUGAAGAUGAGUACAUCAGAUAAAUGUCAUCAGCAGUGUGCUUUAUGGUGUGUGUUUCAUAUUCACCAGGAGCUUGAUGUACAGAUUCCAGCAGUGCAGCAUGUUGGCGGGGGAGGGGGGGAGCUUCAAAGGGUUAUACCUAUUGACCUUAAGACUGUCUGAUGUAGAAAGAUCCUGCUGUAUGACUUGACUAGCAUGUGAAGGAUAAAAAUGCAGUCCUUUCUGAAGAGAGACCUGCCAUCCAGAAGCAAAUCUGACUUUUGCCAUUGCUUCCUAUUGCUUGUUUCCUAAAGUAUUUCAGAUUUGCUAAGAUCAGAAAAGGGAAUAAAUGUUUCCUCUUCAAACACACACACACACACACCCAUGCUUCCGUGGUAUUAAGAAAGGUCUGGUAGCAACACAGAGAACAAUCGUGUUUUGUGUGGUGUGUGGUCACUCAUUGACCUUUGUUUUCUUGCUCAGAUGGCUGGUACAUGGGAUCCAUAUCCUCUCCCUUCAGGGGUCACAAUUACUGCUGCAUGGGGUUCUGGCAGUGAAUGCUGAUGCUGCAGUUGGCAGUCUUCCCCAACCACAUGUUUGCAUAAUGUAAGAGAGGAGGAUUGGGAAGCUCUUAAAUCAAGUUCUUUUCAUAUCAGCUGUCCAAGUGUUUAGUUGUUAAAAGGCUCGCUUUCGAGGAAACCUGAAUAGCGUUUCCCUGCCAGUGCACAUGUGGCCAGCAAGAGUGAGGACAGCCUGGGAACUGGCUUGCUUCCUGCUUUUAAUGGAAAGAGAAGAUGCACAGAAACAGUAGCAAAAUGAGAAAGCACCAUUUCUGAAUGUGUAGACAGCCACUGAUCAAGUCACGGAAAGGCGAAGGAAGAGUAUCCAAACAGCAUAGCCUGUCACUGUGCCUAGUUCUUCCAUUGUUUUCACAAAGAGAUGAGCUGCAAAUCUGGCACUGGAAAAGCACAUGGGAAAGGCAGAGCCAGGCUCCAUAAAAUCUUCUGGCUUCUCUGCAGCUGGCAGAUGAGAAUUUCCUGCAUAGCUGGUGGCACACAGCCUUUUGGAAGGAAAGCAGUUAGUCAUGACUGGAAUUAAACUUUGCCUGUAAUGUUCUGAAGUCCACUUUGCAGCUAGCUAUCUGCUAUUUUAGAACAUGCAGGUUUUUUUAGAACUGGAGGUAUGAUUGUUUAAAGAGGACUAGUGUACUCUUUGGAGGGUGAGUAUGACAAGAAUGAUGGCAGGAGCUUUGGCAUUUUCCACAUUCUGGUUUGCAGGCCAAUUAAAGUGCCUGGGUGGAUCCAGCCAGCAUCUUUGUUGCAUUGAGUCUCCAGUCACUAGAGUAGGUUCUCUGUAUUCAGAGCUAUAGACAUUC